CCACAGUCCACCGGAAGCUGAUAAGCCUGCAUGUGUGUUAAACAGCCACGAGAUUUCGCUUGUAUGAAUCGCCCGGCUAACCGGUAUUUUCACAGCUGUUGUCGAGUGUUGUUACACAAAUCUGAGAUGUGAUAUGGAAGCUCUGUUCAAAGCAUUAAUUUCAAGUAUAGUGUAGUGAGAAUAGUAGCAAAAUAACAUUACAUUAUUUUUGUAAUAGAAUGAAAAUAGGUACAGUUGUCCCACGAAUCAAACCAUGACCUGUAAACUACGAACGAAACUAUAUAGUACCUGCAGAUAUUUUAACGUUGUUUUUCGGUAAUGUGCCGAUAGUCGGUACGAGAGGAGUGCAAUCAGUAGUGUCUAAUUUAGUGCGAUUAUGAAUCCUAGAAUUGUAAUUAUUGGUGCAGGAGCUGCUGGCGUUGCAGCUGCCACGAAGCUGAUUCAGAAAGGAUACAAAAAUCUUACAGUUUUGGAAGCCGAAAAUCGAAUAGGUGGCAGGAUUUUUACAAUUCCCUUUGCAGCAAAUGUUGUGGAUUUAGGAGCCCAAUGGUGCCACGGCGAAGCAAAUAAUGUCUGUUACGAACUAGGCUCAAAGUUGAAUGUAUUCGAUUCCAGCUCAGCAAAGUAUGAUAAUUUUGUGCUAACCAAAUCCGAUUCCAGUCAGGUACCAUUAGAGCAAAGUGAAAAACUAAUGGGUUUAAUUUGGUCAACUUUGGAUUCACACAAAAAUGAGCUAAGCCACUAUCGCGGAUCUCUUGGCUCAUUUAUCGUUGAGAAGUUUAGGUCAGCCUUGGAAACGCCAGACUACGCAGAUAUCGAUCAUGAAACUGCCUACCAGUUCCUGGAGUUCUUCCACAAAUUCGAGAAUUCGAUAGAAGCUUCUGAUAGUUGGUUCGACACGUCGGGUUCCGGAUAUCUUCACUACCGAGAGUGCGACGGUGAUAGUCUUUUAAACUUCAGAGAUAAGGGCUACAGGACAAUUUUAGAAAUACUCAUGAAACGGCAUCCUUUCUCUGCCACUAACGAUCCAAUCAAUCUGGAAGAUUACACUUGUUUCGAUAAAGUAGUUACAAACAUCUGCUGGAAUUCUGGUUCAGAUAAUAUAGUGUCAAUCCGAUGCGUGGAUAAUACAGUGUACGAUGCAGAUCACGUUAUCUGUACGGUUUCACUCGGUGUACUGAAGGAACGUUACGAAACCCUGUUCAGUCCAGAACUACCAGCCAUUAAGAAAAACGCCAUUCGAGGACUGACAAUUGGAACGGUUGAUAAACUGUUCCUAGAAUUUGAGAAACCGUUCUGGCCUGAAGGUUGGCAAGGAGUCAGUCUUCUCUGGAAUAAAGAUGAUCUUGAAGAGAUUCGUAGUUCAACGAACAGUUGGAUGGAAGAUAUAUUCGGCUUCUAUGUUGUCGAUUACCAACCCAAUAUUCUGUGUGGGUGGAUCUCCGGUAAAAACGCCCGACGAAUGGAACGAGCCAGUGAGGAAAAUGUUCGCAAGACGUGUUUGUUUUUGCUAAGAAAAUUUUUACGAAAUUUCACCAUCCCGGAACCGGUGUCCUUCAGGCGUUCCCAAUGGUACUCGAACCCGAAUUUCCGUGGUUCGUAUUCAUUCCGCUCACUGACGACGGAUUUGUUGAAUACUUCGGCGGAACAUUUGGCGCUUCCACUGUUCAGUGCCUGCGGAAUUCCAGUUGUUCAGUUUGCUGGAGAAGCCACCCACAAUCACUAUUACUCCACAGUGCACGGUGCAAUAGAAACUGGAUGGCGUGAAGCGAACCGACUGGUUAGUUUUUAUGAAAGGCUUGCCACAGAUCCAUUCGGAAAUGGAUCCCCAGCAAAUAUGGACGUGUUGAUUUUAGGCGCUGGCAUAGCUGGACUUGGUGCUGCUAAAGCUCUACUCAAAUCAGGUAAAACUUUUGCGGUUCUGGAGGCUCAAUCUAACGCAGGAGGCCGCAUCAAUACGCUUCCCAUGGAAGCCUUCGGUGGAUCACCUACUAAAGGGCCUCGUGUAGAUGCAGGAGCACAAUGGCUGCAUGGAAAGCAAAACGAGCUUUACGAUAUAGCUAUGCGAAAUGACUUACUUAGAGAUGAACUUUCUGAGGAAGGGCUCGGAACGUAUCUUAGAGAUGAUGGAUAUCGAAUUGAUGACUAUUUAGUUAAGAAAGUAGAUUUUUUUAUUGGUCAAGUGUUGGAAGAAUGCGAAAGUUUUGCUAUCGAAGGGAGUAAACCAUUUCCAUCAUCAGUAGAUGCCUUUAUUCGGGAGCAGUUUGAGAAAAAAUCAAAGGAACUCUAUGAUGACGGCGAACAAGAUUUAGCUAGACAACUUUUAGACUGGCAUAUUCGUUUUCAAAUUAUAGAUAACUCUUGUUUAAGUUUAAAAGAAGUUUCAGCGAAACUUUGGGGAAAGUAUUCUUUCAAUGGAGAAAGCUGUCAAGCACAUAUUAAUAUGAAAAAUGGAUUCAUAGAACUUGUAGACUGCUUGAUCAACGAUAUUGGACAAGACAAAAUUUUAUGCAACAAGGAAGUAAACGAGAUCCGAUGGAAAGAUUUGAACUCCCGAAUACUUGUAAAAUGUACCGAUGGAACAAUGUACAGCUGUAAGAAUCUAAUUGUCACUUUCUCUUUGGGUGUACUUAAGGCCACACUUAGCAAACUUUUCCAUCCUACUCUUCCAAAAUCAUAUCGAAGAUCCAUCCUGAAUAUUGGAUUUGGGACAAUCAAUAAAAUUUUCCUUCAGUUCGACAACGCAUGGUGGGGCACAACUAAAGGAUUUCAACUUAUUUGGAAAGACAAUUUCGGAAAAGAUUCCCAUUGGACUAGAUACCUCUCUGGAUUUGAUGUAGUAUUUCCUGGACCAUCAAACACUCUGUUAGGUUGGGUUGGCGGUUAUGGGGCCCUUGAAAUGGAAAAAUUAUCCGAUAAGCAGAUUGUAAGCGAUUGCAUAUUUGUUUUGCAAAAAGCAGCAAGAAAAAAGGUGCCGCCACCAACUUUUUUCCUUUGUACCCGUUGGAAUUCAAAUAUAUACAUUCGCGGUUCUUAUAGCUACACUUCCGUCCACUGUGACUAUGAGCCAGACUUCCUUGAUGCCUUAACAGAAUCGCUAGUGUGCGAUAAAUACGACAAGGUAUCAGGAGAGUUGUGUUCAGGAACCACUCCAAUCUCUACAGAAAAAUCUGCCAGCAUACAUUUUGCUGGAGAAGCCUGCCAAGAUAAAUAUUUUUCAACCGUACACGGAGCUUUCCUUUCCGGUUUAGAACAAGCAAAAAAAAUAUUUUAAAUUUAUAUUUCUUCCCUAGCAUAUUCGCUCAAAA